GCUUAACAAGUGCAUAGCCUAAACAAUUUGCCCCAAGGUAUUAUGCUAUAUACACAAAACCAGAAUAUGCACUUUAAUAACCUUAAAUCGUGAAAUGCCAAAAAAAACCUAUGUGUUAACGGUAUGCUGCAUUCAUGGCUAAAGUAAGGAAUUCUGACAUUUGGUUUACCCAUAGAUAAUACAUACAUGUACUAUCUAUAUGGUUUAACGGUGUAGGAAUAUUUUGGCAUGCAGCUGCAUAUUCAAAAAUGAUACAAUUCUUUAGAAUGUCUGUAGCUGUAUAUUUUAAAAUUAAACGAUUAUACAACGUUGUUUUUGUGUAUUUUGUGUUCAUCUGCCCUUUGAUACUUAUUGUAUUUAUCCCUUUGAAUACAAUAGUGUCAUAUAUAGGUUGGGUUAAGAUAGACCACGUUUUUAACGUCCCAUUUGAUAGUAAACGAAAAAUAUUUACAGAAUUAUAUAACCGUAUCCUCACGACUCUAAAAAGGCGCUUUUGAUUGCUGGAAACACGAUCAAGAAAAAUGGAAUAUUAUGCGCUAACGGCAUCCAUCUUACCCCACAGUAUCAUAUAAAACACCGAGCAGACGAAAUGAUAUCGUAACUAGCAUAUGUUAAAAACGUGGCUGCUUUGGUGUGAAAACUUGUAUUAUGUAUGCCAAUGUAAUUUUAAAUUAAUCGGAAAUAUGCUUUAUCAUAAUACCUUUGUUACGUCAUAAGUGGCAUUUUUAUUUACGUAUUAGAAUGACUGACCUAAAUUCUGCUUUCUCAAAAUAAAAUCAAAAAAUAAAUCAGAAGUUUUUUCUUCAAACUUUCGAAAUUGAACUUUUCUGGGACGUCACAAUCGCCGAAACAAUGCUGGCUCGUGACGUCAUAAAGGAGAAUAAAGAUACAAAAGAGAAGAGAGAAGCGAUGAAAAAAAUGAAAGAGCUAAGAAAUGCUUUAGGCGUCUCUGAUUCAUACGAAGAGUCGUUCCAGCGCCACCUCGCGGAGGAGUUAAAUGUACCACGAGAGGUGGUUGGAAAAAUGCUUGAAAUGGAAGAGUUUAAGGCGCUUAGAAAGCGGGCAGAGAUACUAAACCAACUCGAAGAUUGCAAAACACGGAUUGUUAAUGCUUUAGAGAUGGCUGACGUCUCGGCGGACGACAUACCAUGGGGUAAGAACGACGAUAUGCCUUUACCACCCGACGGUGGAGCUCCUGUAGUUUUUGUAGACCCAACAGAAGAUAAGGACCAAGCUAAGCUAAUCCGACAAGCGGAACAGUCGGUUAUCUUGUGCGCGAUAAACCAAUAUAUUGCUGGGUGCAAUUCACAAGCAGAAGAUAUGAAUGAGUUGAUAGAAUGGAUGUCCAACUUUGUAUUUGAGAUAUCCUGGGAUGAUAUUGGCAUGCAACCUCUUGAAGAUAGAGAGAGUGAUGAGGCAGACUCUUACAGAGGAGUUGUCCUUGCUUUACAACGGGCCUGGAAAUGCGUGAGAAAACUUGAACAGUUCAUUCAUCUCAUGGUAUCUGAUGAUAAAUUCGACGUUUUGUCGGGAAAAUUUCCGCCACACGUUGUAGCAUCAAGACAGAAGAGAAAUCUGCCAACUAAAAAAUUAUGGAGCAGUCACAAACUAAGGAUAAAAUUGGAGCAGUACCAAAAUCUCAGAACAAAGUUAUCGGAGACAAAAAAAUCACAAAAUAACGAAAAAGAAAAUUUCAACAGAAGUGUAACUGUUCUGCUGCCAGGUGAUGAGCCUACAAAGGAUCCUUACAAAGAAUCAGAGGCAGCCAUUUUAAAUGAAGUUGCUUUUUCAUGGAAAGAAGCAACAGCUGAUGUGAUGUAUUAUAUCAAGGAAGCAUCCAUACACAGGUUUACAAAGCCAUCUUGCCGUAAACGACUUGAAAGAGCUAUGGUGAUGAUGGAAUUUCUACAAGCAGCUACAGAAAGCAAACUAAUAGUAGCAGCGAACACUAAAACCCAAUUAAAAGAGACCCAGUAUACAGUAACAAGGCUGCAGGAUGAGGCUGCUCAGAUGCAGAAGGAGAUGGCAGAAUCACAGAAGAUUAUUCAAGCCGCAAGAAGGAAGAUAACAAGGUUAAAACGACAGCUCGAAGCAGUAAACAAAGAAAAUGAAAAACUUCACAAGAAAAUUGCAAAUUUUCACGAUCAAGUUGCAGCUUUGGAAAAACGAAUUGAAGAAUUACAAGAAUUGCCCAACCAAUCUGAAUUUGAUGAGUGUAAAGAAAGGUUAGAAGAGUUAGAAGAGGAGUUUGCUGAGCUAGAAGAAGAAACAGAACAACUGAAAACAGAUUUAGAUAGCAGGAACAUAGAGUGUGAAAGCUUCCGCAAAAAAUUAUCAGAGGAAAAAGAAAUAAGCUCUAAUCUUGCUGAAGAGGUGCAAGCUAUGGAAGAUGAGAAUGAUAAAGCAAACACGAGAAUCAAGGAGCUUGAGGAAAAACUGUCGAGUCAGGAAAGCAACAUUAUGUCACUACGACUCAUGGUUUAUUAUAAGGAUGAGGUUAUUCGAAGAUUAAAGCAAGCAGCAAUUGAGCUGAAAUCAAGUGAAAGAAGAACACCCAAGCGUCCUCCACCCAGUCCAGAAGAAGGAGCAAAGAGGACACCGGAACCGAGGAGAGAAGAAUCAAAAACUGUCUCCAAUAAAGAGCUCUCGGAAACGAAAAAAGAGAAACCGCCAGAGAGGGAGGCAAAAUCUGAACCAAAGCUUGGAGAAACUAAGAGUGAAACAGUUGUUAUUCAAGUGACCACUGAUAAGCCUCAAGAAGGUGGUGAAGAUGUUAAAAAAGAGCCAUCGGUAACUGAAGAACCUGUACCAAAAAUGGAGACAUUUCAUCCAGCGAGUAGAUUAUAUCAAGGUAAAAAAUCCCCCCCUCCGAAACCGGAGACAAAAGUCUUCCUUAAACCGGAUGAGAGAAUGGAGUUUAUGGAAGAAAGGAUGAGGACUCAACAAGAAAUCGCAGAAGCUCAUGACAAGUUAGAAAAGAUGAGAAAAGAAUUUCAGACUAAACUAAAAACAGCAGUUGAUCAGGAAAAACAUAAAUCUGUGUUGGACAAAAUGAAAAAUGAAGAAGAAUUGCAAAACCUUUGUUUCUCUGUGAGAGAUGAAACCAUGAAAGUUCAAAAAGAAAUGAAAAAUUUUAACGACAAUAUUUCUAAACAAUUAGAAAUGAUGAUUGGAUUUAAGGGUAAAUUGUUCGAUGAAUCUCCUAAUCCUAAUUCAAUGAAGCGUAGAAGAACUACAGGUGGUUUGUUAAGUGUUCAGAACACUGAUACAUUGGGAGGGGUUGGGGUCAAGCAUCAGACCUCGGCUACGGGUGGUGGGUGCUUUAAUCAAGGGUUUAUGGACCCAGGAAUGGGGGGUAUGAUGGGGAUGAUGGGCGGGGGCAUGGAAGGUGGAAUGGGGGGUGGAAUGAUGGGCUUUGAGGGUGACAUGAUGGGUAUGAUGAACCCCAACAUGAUGGGUUCUAAUAUGAUGGACCCGAAUUCAAUGGAAAAUUCCGAAGAUCAAGAAGAGGAAGAAAUUGGGAAAGGGAAUGUGAAUUAUUGGAACAAUUUAAAGUCAGCCCUCGGAGUUAAAGCUCCAAAGAAGGAAGAGGAAGAGCCUCCUGUUCCAAAGAGGAAUCCGUUGGUGGCGAGAGUCCUUGCUGAGAAGCAGAGGAGGCUAAGCAUAGCUACAAAUCCAAGGAGCACUCCAGAUGCAAGCACUGGGAUAAGAGGGGAUUACUCUUCCUCUUCUUCAUCUACAGAUGAGAGUGAAGGAUUUAGGGAUUACUUAGAGAUGGUUGAUCCAGAGCUUGCAGAAAUAAUGAGAGCGAUGAGACCAUCAGCUGGGAAGAACUCAAAUAAGGAAGUUAAAAAAGAGGAUGAUGUUAUUAAACAGAGUGGGAGUGAUGGUGUAAUAAUAAGCUUAAAUGUGCCAGAGAUUGGGGUUGGGAAAACUUCUUCUAGUGAAGAAAAAAGUGAGGUACAAGUUAUAGAAUCUGUUGCAGUAGAGGGAAAAGAUAAAAUUGAUCAAAGAAGUAUUCAAGAGAAGUUUGUGGAGCCAAAAGCCGAAAUUCUUCAGAAAGUUUUAAUUGUAACAAAUGAUGAUGGUGAAGAUGAAGAUAAAAAGAUGGAGAAUCAAAGUCCUGUUCCUAAUCUUCUAACAGUAGUUGAUCGGAGGAUGGCAAGGCUUAGAGAUCGAAGACGUUCUUCUGUCGUUCCAUUCAGAGACGUGAUGCAGAUCGCUCGACGACAGAGCAUAAGACCACCUCCUCCACCUAAAGCUGUUAAGUUUAAAGGAUUUUAUUCUGAGUUUGGAGGACCUUUUAAAUCAAAGACAGAACUUGAGAAGAGACGAGAUGCAAUUUCAAGGGAAGCAGCAGUCAGGAGGAGAAAAGAGCAGCUAGAGGAGCAGGAAGAAGAGAGAAGAAGAGCAAGGAGAAAGGCAAUUGCUGCGACAACAGGAAUAGAUGAUGACCCGGUGAAACAAGCGGAAGUUUUUGUGAGAAAUAUAUCUCUUAAGGUCAACUCCUUUUUUGCUGGGAUGAAUGAAAAUUUAGUUGAAGCCAUUGAGAAAGAGAAAAGUAGAAUGAACAUGAAAGUGAAAAAUGCUGAGAAUGAGCUGUCCAAAGUUCGAAUGAAUGCCCAAGCACAAAUCGCAAAAGCAAAAGAAGAAAGAGACAAAAAAUCAAGUGAACUAAUCAAGACAAAGAAAAUAUUAAUGAACAUACUAGGAGGCAAUGCUAUCACCCCUUCUACCACUGAGAGCAGUUCAACAAUGAUCACACCGUACCAAAUCAUCAGUCGAUUAAAACAAGCAGAAAAAGAUUUAGACACUGCUCAAGAUAAACUUAACAAAGCUGCAAAGAAGCAUGAAAAUAGUGCAGAGGAAUAUAGACAAAAGUCAUAUAUUUUGGACAAUCAAAUAAAAAAGAGUGAGUCAGCAAAAGUGAGGGCUGAGCAAAAAAUGAGACAGCAAAAAGCGGAGGCAGAUUUUUUGAAGGUUCAACUACACGAGUUAAAAGUAGGGGAAACGCAGAAAUUACUUCUAAGCCUCAAAGAUCACAAACUAAACAUUGAUGCAAUCAGAAAUUGUAUGGACUUGGAAGAAAAUGUCAAAAAUACUGUGGUGGGAUUACUACAUCGCUCAAUGCUGUUCCCUGGAGUACGAUUGCAUCAGUUAGUGCACAGGUAUAGACAACACGCACAGAUGCAGGCCUGCAUGGAAAGAGUAAAAGUACAACUGGAGCAAAGGUUUGAAGCAAGAAAACGAAGACAGGGAAAAGUCUGGAAUAAAGAAAAACAGAGAGAGUACAAGAUGCUUAAGCAACUUCUUUCAAGAUUGGAAGCCAGACAAAGUCAUUUACGUCAAUCAUGGAUAAAGAAGAGAAAGGAGAGCAGAGGAAGCAGGCAGAAAAUAUUAAUGAUGAUAACCCUCCUUUUCCAUAAGAUAAAGAAUGAAAAGAAAGAUAUUAACUUAAUACAACCAAUUAUAUUCAAAGUCUGUGGAAAAGAAAGACAACACAACAACUCACCGGUGGCUGGCUUCACUCAGCCUUGUAAAGACAUGAGGCUUGUAUUUCCAUACAGCAGUUACGAAGGGUCAGCUCGUGCUGCACCUAAUACUCCAGUUUCAAUGACAACAGAAGGACCUCAGCCACAGAUGGAGCAACCCGAGAACAGAGAGGACUUUGAUAUUAUUGGAGGAAAAGUGCCAGAGGAUAAGUCUAGAGAAAAGAAGAAUGAACCGCAAUGGUUUCCAGAUAGUAGCAUAUUCUGCCCGUUUUCUAACCGUUCUGGCACAAUAGUUCCUGUUAACUCACAUAUGGACAUAAAACAAGCAGCUCAAAGUCGCUAUAGUAAUGGUGUGACGUUACCGCGCUUGACACCGGCGACAAGGGCGAGUAUUCGCCGGAAUAAAAGGCCGACAUCCCCGCUAGAAAUGCCACGAAUCGUUGAGCUCGAAGUUCAAGGCGGCCUGCGUCGGGCUAAGAGCACAAUAGUGGAAAAGCUAAUGACGCAGCCGCAACGGCAGUUUGAUAUCACACAGUCAUACACAAGCCAGAUACAACUACGCGAAUUUGAUACUGAAAACUCAGAUCAUUGCCUACCACCAAUUGCUCCAGAUAUAACAAGACCAUCUUCUAUACCGAGUCCGCAGAGAAGAACAAGUAGAUCUGGAACGAAACAAGCUCCAAGGAAAAAGACACCGCCCGAUCAGGAAGCUUCAGUUCUGGCCAAGAAAAAGUCCAAAAGAUUUGACACGAAACCAACAAGUCGAGAAAGCGACAAUUCAAUGUCACCGUCCAGCGAUCGUUCGUCUUCUGGCCGAUCUACCGUUUUACCGCCAAUAUAAUUCUCUAAAAUCAGAUUAAAAAUUAUAAACAAGCUGUGUUAAUAAUACAUUGAAAUCUUAUAUCAUUUAUUUUGUAUGUAACAACAGUAAAAGCGUAAAAAGUAAAAACUGGAAAUGAUAAAUUCAAACUGUACUCUGUAGCCUAAGCAAGAUUGAUGCUUUUUAACGAGCAUUUUAGGAGUCUGCGCAAAAAGUUAUCAUUAAAAUAAAAUGCAAAAACGGUAGGAAGACACAACAA